AUGCCGACGACGACAUCUAUGUUGACACCCGAAUCCGAACUCCAGCUGUCGUUCGAUUCCAGCUUAAUACCGCAGGCCAGCAAGGAUCUGCUUCCUUCCGAUAUCAUCGUGCGCCCGCUCGCCAGCGACGACUAUAACCGCGGCCACCUGCGCGUCCUUUCCGACCUCACACAAGCACCCGACGUCGGUCUGGCUGCAUGGUCGAAGCAGUUCGCGCUCCAGCUCGCCGCUCCCAACACCUACUAUCCUAUCGUCUUCAUCAACACUUCGACUGACCAGAUCGUUGCCUGUGGCACGGUCUUCGUCGAGUACAAGUUCCUCCGAAGUGCUGGCCUAUGUGGUCAUAUCGAAGACAUCGUCGUACACAACGACGGCCAGGGAAAGGGCCUGGGCAAGCGCAUCAUCGAAAUCUUGACACACAUCGCAAAGGAGCGUGGCUGCUACAAGGUCAUCCUCGACUGCAGCGAAAAGAACGUCCCCUUCUACGAAAAGUGCGGCUACCACAAGGCAGGAGAGCAGAUGGCCAUUUACUACGUCUAA